AUGGAGUCGCUUCCCCGCCACCCGUUCGCCGCCAGUGGCUUCUUGGGCUCCAGGGGCUCCAGCUUCUCGGAGCGCCACCAGCGCCGCCUCCUGCUGAGUCGCUACCGACUCCACCUCCAGCGGCUGAGGAGGGCCACCAGCCUGGUGGACCGCCGCCCGCCGCUGCUCAGCACCAGGACCUUGGGCGGCCUCGACGCCCUGCCGCAUGACGCCCGCGCCUUCCUGGAGCGGACCAACGAGAACGUCCGCCUCCUGCUGAGCCUCUCCAGGAUCAAGCGCUCCGGCGGCACCCUCGGCUCGCUGGAGGAGCCGCCGCUCCGGUCCCGCCACCGCCCCCGCUUCCGCUCCGCCCUGCCCCGCAUGCUGAACGGGCUGGACUCGCUGCAGCAGCAGAACCUCCUGCUGGGCCACCGCCUGGCGAGGAUCCGCGCCCGGAGCCGCCUCCCCGCCCAGUGGGAGUGGCCCGGGCGGCAGUCGCAGACGAGUGGCGGCCGGUGCCCCAGCCUGGUGGCGACGAGCACCCGGUCCGCGCUGGCCGAGAGCGGGGCGUUCCAGAAGUACGAGGGCUGCGACCUCCAGCUGCCCGCCGACUACUCCGAGCUGGUGCGCCUGCUGCGGCCGCGGGUCGUCCUGCACUUCGGCCUGGUGGACGGGCGGCCGCUGGGCCAGGUGGUGGUGCAGCUGUACACGGAGGCGGCGCCGCUCGUGGUGCUGCAGUUCGUCCGCACCUGCUUGGGCCACCGGGCGCACGAGUUCGCCGUGCGCCGGAUCUUCCCCUGCCUCUGGCUGGAGGGCUACCUGCUGCCUGCCGAGGAGCCGGCGGAGGGCGGCGCCUGCUGCCUCGGCGAGCCCAUGGAGUUCGACGGCCGCGUCCUGGGCCACGAGCGCUUCGGGUGCGUCCUCUCGUGCGCCAAGGAGUACUGCGUGCACGGCUUCCCCGGCGGAGCCAUCAACUUCAGCAUCAGCUUCAAGCCGCUCCAGGCGGCCAACGGGCAGCGGGUGGCCUUCGGGCGGGUCGUCCGCGGCGACAAGGUGAUCGAGUGCAUGGAGGCGCACGGGACCAAGAACGGCAAGAUCAGCCGCCCGCUGCUCGUCACCCACUGCGACGUGGUCUACUAGUCCGUUGGCCUGUGCAGGCGGGCUCUGUGGAGCACUUCUGGUGCUGCCACGCGGAGGACCCGAGUCCUUAUUCCGCGGGGUGGGACCACAAGUGCCACAAGUGCUGCUGUCGCCUUCGAAUGGAUUCUCCAAAUCGCAGUCCCGGAACAGCGGGUGCAGUGAAUGGACUUUGGCCAGCUGGACCCGAUUUGCGAGGGCUGUAAGGAACCACUUUCUGCUCAGUGCUUGGUUAGAGUGCAAGUACAAUAUAUUUGGAAUUGGCUACGACUGCCAGCGGAUGGAUGGACGCCCCGAUGGGUACGAUGGGUGCCAUCCCCGUGGACGAAUCAUGUAUAAUUAUCAAGUAUCAUAUGUGCUUCUUGUAUCGUGUAACCAGUGAUGUACACACACACUCGUCGAUUA